UUCAGGUGCGUGUUUACAUAAUUUUAUCAGACUCGUGUCACAAGUGAUAGAACAGUACGUACAGCCGACUCGCCUAAAAUGUCUCCGAUAAAGGACUUCACUCUGACUUACGACGCUCUCAACAAAGAAAACACCUUUUCUGAUGGGGACACGGUCACAGGCACAGUUAGUUUCACUUUGAAUAAAGAAACCAAAGUGAAGGGCCUUGUCGUGAAAAUCAAAGGGGAUGCGUCCGUCCACUGGAGAGAGGGAACUGGAGAUAACAGGAGAAACGUUAGAUCGCACAAGAGAUACUUGAAAGUCAAAGAAUACUUAAUUGCAGAAGAUGCAAAAGACAAUGUUCUUCCCGAAGGGGAUCAUCGCUUUAAGUUCAGCCUUAAAAUCCCACAGGGGGACAUGCCACCAUCCUUCAAUGGGAUUCAUGGAAAGAUUGUCUACGUGCUUAAAGCAAAGCUGUCCAGGAGCUGGCAUUUGCCUUCUUCAGAACAAAAAGAGCUCAAUUUUGUUUCCAGAUCCUUCCCACAAUCACAAUUGAUGUGUCCCCAGGCUGGAUCAGUCAGCAAAAAAGACGUCCAGAUGUCUGCCACCAUCAACAGAAAAGCUUGCUCUCCAGGUGAAACUUUGUCUAUUGGUGCCAAAAUCAACAACUCGUCUUCCAAAAAAGUAAAGCUCAAAUGCAGUUUAGAGCAGAGAACAGUGUACCGCGCCAUGGGCUCCAGGAGAGUCACUCACUACAGCCUGUGCAAAGUGGUUGGGGACACAGUUGCACCAAACUCAGAGGAAAAUGUCUCCUGCCAAUUGAAGAUUCCUGAAAAUAUCGUCCAUACUGUCCAUAACUGUGAAAUCAUCUCGGUUAAAUAUGAAAUUAAGGUGUAUGUGGACAUCAGCUUUGCCACCGACCCAGAGGUGUUGUUUCCACUGGUCAUUGCUUCUUCCAGCGUCCUUACCCAUCAGCUUGGUGAUGAUUUUGGUCCCUACCCAGCUGCAGCUAUGGGGGCCCCAAGCUACAGUGACUUCCCUGCCCCUGCUUACCCUUCUGGACCUUAUCCUGUACCUGCAGCUCCGGGUGCUUAUGGAUACCAGGCACCAGGUCCUGCUCCGUAUGGUUUUGCAAGUGCAGCUUUCCCCCCCUCUUUAGUGCAGCAUCAAGACCCUUCUGCUCCACCUCAGUUUCAACAUGGAGAACCUCCAUCUUACAUGUCUGCUUUCCCGCCUUCUGUCAACAGUAGCAGUGAGCCUGAUGGCAAAGCCUGAGCAUCAAAAACAACACAAAAUACUCAUGUAGCUGAUAAUACUAAUAAUACUACACUAUAAUAAUACUCUACUACUAUAAUAAUACUCAUAAUGUGUUUGCAAGUAAUGUAACUGAAACUAAAUUCUGAAAUUGUGCCACUGUUACAGUGUGUGUGUGCUACAGUUUUUAGUUAUCUUAUACAUGCAAACAUAUUGAAUGUACAUUGUGUGUGUGUUAUGAUGGGAAAUUACCUUUCUAUGCUCCAUGUAAAUCCCAUUAUUGUGAGAAAUUAUUAGAUUAAGAUUAGUAAUAGUUAUUUUGACUUUAUUGCUUACUUGAUUCAUUAAUUGAUGGCAGAGCCCAACAAAUCAGUUUAUGCCCUUUAGUUCAACAAGUUUCCUUCUAGGUGCAAGAUUAAAGUUGACCGAGGUGGAACCACCACCAACUGAUGUGGUUUUGAGUUGUAAACAAAACCCCAAAUAUUUUACAGAGAACAAGAUACUCUAUGACUUUCAGCCAUAAAGGGAACUUCUGUUUUUUUGUUGGCUGUGAAAUAAAUUGUUGAAAUUAAAUCGA